AUGGCCACAGCCGCCUCCAACCCCUACAGCAUCCUGGCGCCCAGCUCGCUCGUGCAUGCCGAGGCGGCGGGCAUGCAGCAGGGCAGCCCCUUCCGCAACCCCCAGAAGCUGCUGCAGGGCGACUACCUGCAGGGCGUGCCGGGCAAUGGGCACCCGCUGGGCCACCACUGGGUGACGAGCCUGAGCGAGGGCGGCGCGUGGCCCUCGCCGCUCGCCUCGGCGCCGCUCGAGCAGCCCGACGUGAAGCCGGGCCGCGAGGACCUGCAGCUGGGCGCCAUCAUCCACCACCGCUCGCCCCACGUCUCGCACCACUCGCCCCACGGCAACCACGCGGGCGCCUGGGGCGCCAGCCCGGCGCACGGCGCCUCGCAGCCCCUCAACGUCUACUCGCAGGCCGGCUUCGCCGUGGGCGGCAUGCUGGAGCACGGCGGCCUCACGCCGCCGCCCGCCGCCGCCGCCGCCGCCGCCAUGCACCCGGGGCUGCGCGACGGCGCCGAGCACGGCGAGCUGGGCGCCCACCACUGCCAGGACCACUCGGACGAGGAGACGCCCACCUCGGACGAGCUGGAGCAGUUCGCCAAGCAGUUCAAGCAGCGGCGCAUCAAGCUGGGCUUCACGCAGGCCGACGUGGGCCUGGCGCUGGGCACGCUCUACGGCAACGUCUUCUCGCAGACCACCAUCUGCCGCUUCGAGGCCCUGCAGCUCAGCUUCAAGAACAUGUGCAAGCUGAAGCCGCUGCUGAACAAGUGGCUGGAGGAGGCCGACUCCUCCACGGGCAGCCCCACGAGCAUCGACAAGAUCGCGGCGCAGGGCAGGAAGAGGAAGAAGAGGACGUCCAUCGAGGUGAGCGUCAAGGGCGUGCUGGAGACUCACUUCCUCAAGUGCCCCAAGCCGGCCGCGCAGGAGAUCUCCUCGCUGGCAGACAGCCUGCAGCUCGAGAAGGAGGUCGUGCGGGUCUGGUUUUGCAACAGGAGGCAAAAGGAGAAGAGGAUGACGCCGCCGGGCGAGCAGCAGCCGCACGACGUGUACGCGCACGGCGUCAAAACGGACACGGGCUGCCACGACCUCUGACCGGCGGGCCGGACUGCGGCCGCGCGGAUUUGCGGCCGGCCUUUUAACUUAUGCUCACGGAGGGGGACGCGAAGCCGAGCGGGAGACUCGGAGCCCGGGGGGGGCCGCCUUCCUCCCCGCUCACCGUCUGGGCAAUAUUUUAAUUGUUGUUUUUUUU